UCCUGGAACUAGCAGGAGAGAAAAAUGGGGGAGACAAGCCUGAGGAAAAGGAGAGAGGACAAGAAGUCGAUCCAGAGUAAUGAACCCAAGACCACAAGUCUCCAGAAAGAGGUGGGCCUCAUCAGCGGCAUCUGCAUCAUCGUGGGCACCAUCAUUGGCUCUGGCAUCUUCAUUUCCCCCAAGUCUGUACUCAGCAACACGGAGGCUGUGGGGCCCUGUCUCAUCAUAUGGGCAGCCUGUGGGAUUCUCGCAACACUGGGUGCUCUGUGCUUUGCGGAACUUGGCACUACGAUCACCAAGUCAGGAGGCGAGUAUCCUUACCUAAUGGAGGCCUUUGGGCCCAUUCCGGCCUAUCUCUUCUCCUGGACCAGCCUCUUCGUCAUCAAGCCCUCCUCCUUUGCCAUCAUCUGCCUCAGCUUCUCUGAGUAUGUUUCCGCGCCCUUCUACUCAGGCUGUAAGCCUCCUGAGGUCGUGGUUAAGUGUCUGGGCGCCGCUGCCAUCAUGCUCAUCACAACGAUUAAUGCUCUGAGCGUGCGGCUGGGGAGCUAUGUCCAGAACAUCUUCACGGCGGCCAAGAUGGUGAUCGUGGCCAUCAUUGUCAUCAGUGGAAUGGUCCUCCUGGCCCAAGGAAAUACAAAGAAUUUCGAAAAUUCUUUUGAGGGUUCAAAAGUGUCUGUGGGAGCCAUCAGUCUGGCAUUUUAUAAUGGACUCUGGGCAUACGACGGAUGGAAUCAACUCAAUUAUAUCACAGAAGAACUUAGAAACCCUUUCAGGAACCUGCCCCUAUCCAUUAUCAUUGGGAUCCCGCUGGUGACAGUGUGCUACAUCCUCAUGAACAUUUCCUACUUCACCGUGAUGACCACAACUGAACUCCUGCAGUCCCAGGCUGUGGCUGUGACAUUUGGGGACCGCGUUCUCUACCCAGCCUCUUGGGUCGUUCCACUCUUUGUGGCUUUUUCAACCAUCGGUGCUGCCAAUGGAUCCUGCUUUACAGCAGGCAGACUCAUUUAUGUUGCAGGCCGAGAAGGCCACAUGCUAAAAGUGCUCUCUUACAUUAGUGUCAAGCGCCUAACUCCAGCCCCUGCCAUCAUCUUUCAUGGUACCAUAGCUACCAUUUAUAUCAUCCCUGGUGACAUUAACUCAUUAGUCAAUUACUUCAGUUUUGCUGCAUGGCUGUUCUACGGCAUGACGAUUCUAGGACUCGUUGUGAUGAGGUUUACGAGGAAAGAACUGGAAAGGCCUAUCAAGGUGCCCAUUGUCAUUCCCAUCUUGGUGACUUUCAUAUCAGUGUUUUUGGUGUUGGCCCCUAUCAUCAGUGAGCCUGCAUGGGAAUAUCUCUACUGUGUGAUAUUUAUACUAAGUGGCCUUGUAUUUUACUUCCUUUUUGUCUAUUACAAGUUUGGAUGGGCUCAGAAAGUCUCAAAACCGAUUACCAUGUACCUUCAGAUGCUAAUGGAAGUUGUCCCACCUGAGGAAGAGCCUAAGUAA